AUGCGACGCAGUGAGAAGUACACGUUCGCCAAGGUCUGGAAGGUUCUCAAGGCACCGCCCCACGCAUGGAAGAGCAAGCGACCGACGCGUGGUGACUUAAGCAACGACUGGAUCUACUACUCCUGCAAUGUCACCCUUCGUGGCGAAAGCAACGUUGUUGAGUGGGCGAAAACGAAUCGAGUCCUGGACAAGACGUCUCCGUUUUGGAUCGACGCGGAAGAAGAGAAGCGACCACCAGGAACUAGGGACGCAUCAACGGAAAGCGUUCAGUCCGACCCGGAAGAAGAGAAGCGAUAUGUAUGCGUCGCUACCGGAUGUGACUUGGACACGUCGCUAGCGACAGAUCCGUGUUCUGUGUGUGGCAAGCCCGUGCACCACAUUUGUUCCAACGAUAUCGCGCCAGAUCCUGAGGAGGCUUCCUUGCGAUAUUGCAGCGUGGCAUGCUACGGUGGUGUCGGUGGCCCGAAACCUGUGAACAUUCCCUCGCAGCCUGCUGAAGUGGUCGACUUGACGGGCGAUUCUCCCUUGCCGAAAACCUCUAUGCGGUCGGAUGCGACGAUUUGGUGGGAAAAUCCACAACUCUACGUGAAACAGGAAGUGCUUCAAACUCCGAAGCGCACACUCAGUGAUCUCUGCUUGCCCCCAACUCCACCAGAUGACUAUCUCGAACAACUCGCCGCACAAAAUACACCCCACGCGCAAGAUACGUCUCCGACGCAAAGUACGCUGCAAGCGAAGACUGUGCCCCAAGAGACGACAGCACCCCAAGCGACGACUGCGCCCCAAGGUCCCAUCCCGAAUGACGGGAACAUGUUCUCGACGAACAAUGCGUCUCAGACGGAUUCUGUGUCUGGAAAUCAAGCUGAAUCUGGGAAGCCAAGCAAAACGCGUACUUACAAGGAGGGUUCCAAAAUGUGGGAAAAGCAACAAGGCAAGAAGCAGCGUGAAGCCGAGAAGGAAGAAGCAAAGAAGAAGCGGCUGGCGGGUAGGGCCGAGAAGGAAGAAGCAAAGAAGAAGCGGCUGGAGGAAAAGGUGGUUCGAGACGCUGCAAAGGAAGCCACGCAGGACGCAAAGAAACGCCGCGCCGCAAUACGCAACUCCAUGCCUCCUACGUCUCUCACGAACACUACCCCUGACUUGCAAGUCAGCAUUCGUCCCGAAACCGCCCGCGUGCAAUUGGAACCUCGGGGCUUUCCUCCCAAGUCCAUGCUGCGACCAAGCCAUGCUGGAAAAGCGCGUGUGUCUCAUGGCACCUCAUUCCUUCAACGUUUGGAGCAGGACUCCGACGCAUCGAGUUCGGAGUCCAAGGUUCGACCCCCCGCAAAGAGGGCCAAGACGACUGCCAACCACGAUGUCGAAGCAAGCGACAAGGAUGGAGACAGCGAUCUUCGAAGAAGCGACGACGAGCACGACAGCCGACCAGAGGAGAUCGACGACGGCCUAGACUCAGGAGACGAAGGCCACUACGACGAGGAAGGUAACGACGUCCCCUUCGACGACGUGUACGAGGACGAGUCGACCAUGCCCAGACUUGGCAAUGACAUGGAAGAGUACGACGUUGAUGGCACAGACGUAGAAGACUUGUCGCGAACGUCCGACCACUUCAAGGGUUGUUGGGAGGAGCGUCUGUCUGGGGCUGCGCGAAUUGAUACCUUGCACCGUUUGUCCGAAACUGGCUGGGAGUGUGUCACCGACGACUCGUACGUCGGAGUCGCACAAGACGCAUUUGACAACGACACGGAGGUGUGGGGUCCUACGCCUGCAGUUGUGCCCUACGCGCACAGCCCCAUUGGGUUAUUCUUUUUCUUCUUCCCCAAGUGGUUCUGGCGCCAUGUGGCUCGUGAAACGACGAACUACGAGAUGCAAACCCGUCAAUCACGACUGUUCCGUCACGAAAGAAGUUACUCCGCCCAGCAACACGAGACUUACCGGCGCAAGGCCAACAGGUUCCAAGACGUACGUCCGCUGGAGGUAGUGCAACUUAUUGCAAUGCUCGUAUUUCGAUGCAUCAUGCCUAUCAAGUCUGGGGUCAAAGACCACUGGCGUCGAGAGGAGUACUGCAAAGGCCUCGAACCUCCUGGCACAUUCGGAAACAUCAUGGGACGAAACAGGUUUGUCGACAUUUGUCGUAGGUUUCUGCACUUCACAAAUAACCUCGAUCCGCGCGCAAAGACCGACCGCGCUUGGAAGGUCCGUUCCAUUUCGGAUGUCCUUCAGAAAACGUCGGCGUCUGCGUUUUCGUUGGGCCGCUACGUCAGUUUUGACGAAGCCGUCAUUCCCGGUCGUGCUUCUAUGCACUCGUACCUCAUGUACUUCAAAGACAAGCCCCAUAAGUUUGGGACGAAGCUAUUCAUGGUGUGCUGUGGUACAACCGCAUUUUGCGCACGGUUUGAAAUCUUCUGUGGGAAGAAAAUGCGCGGGCCAGAUUCCAUCCCACCGUCCGAGAACAACGACACCGGCGCAGCGGCUGUGUACCGGAACCUGAAGGCACUUUUCGACGGCCGCUAUCACACCACAGCCGACCCCAACAAGAAGAGGUACAUCAUCUGCGACAGGGAGUACACUUCGUACACCCUUGUGCGGACGUUGUUGGAGAACAACUUCUACUGCAUCGGCACAUGUUGUCCAACGCGCCUGGGUUUCCCCUUGGGAAUCGUUUGGCCACCGAAGGCUCGCGUCGACCGUGGAGCGUACAGCGUGGCCUCAACCCGGGACGACACUCCCAUCGCAGCAUUGGCGUGGCGUGACAAUGGGAAUGUCUACUUCCUUGCCUCAGGAGCGUCAACGAAGCCAACAACUGUCCUUCGUCGGUCCAAGCGUGGGCCGGAAUCCAUGCAAGUCCCGUGCCCAACGUUUGUGCAGACGUACAACGAGACAAUGAACGGUGCGGACGUUCACGACCAAAUUCGUUUACAGCGUUACCCACUACAAGGCACUUUGCGCUUCAAGAAAUACUACAAGGGCGUCGCCCUCGGACUCAUUGACGUAGGUCUUGUGAACAUGUACAUCAUCCACAGGGAAGUCACCAAGGCCCAAGGAAAGACUCCGAUGACACACUCAGCCUUCCGCCGACUCCUCUCCCAACAAUUGUGUGCCAUGGGACACAUGGACUUCGACGACGACGACAAUCCGGCCGAUGGAGACGAACUGAGCAACGAAGACGUACUGGACGACUCAGACCCACGAAUUCCGGCAUCAGCAUUCACAGUGGCGCCAGUGUAUGUUCCCAAGUCCGAGCACAUCAUGGUGCACACCGAGGAAAUUCGAAGCGGGAACAAGAUGAACGCCCGAAGCUGCUUUGUGUGCGCGUGGCUGAAGUCCAUGGGCAAGUUGGAUCGAACGCGGCAGACCACGACGUACUGCAAGCAAUGCUCAGAGAAGAACACGCAUGGUCGUCCAGUUUUUCUCUGCAUGAAGCCGCGGGCUCUAUUGGGUGGUCUCACAUGCUGUGCAUACUUUCACGAUAUCUGGAAGUGUAGACGCCCAAAGAAGGACGAAUAUCACGAGUGA